ACACGUGUCUCGCACGCAUUCCUGCAGUCUCGCUCUCGCAGCCUGCUCGUCCAUUCAACGACCAAACCGCUCACGUCACGUGCCUGCCCAUCGCUUCCCAAUCCUAACCGCCCGCAGCGCAGCGGCGAGAUCGACAUCGACCUCAAUCGCUGACGAGUGACGACCUUUCCGUGUCGAUCGGUCUCCAUUACUACUAGCUCGCGGGCGCGGCAUCCCUCAACCGAAACUGAUGAAGGCUGCGGUCUCCAGCGCCGGCGAGUCGGCGGGCGAGCUGCUUCUCCGCGCGGCGGCGCUGGUGCCGUGGACGCGCUACUUCCUCGCGGCGCUAGCCCUGGCCGCCGUACUCCUGUACAGGUUCCUGGAGCUCCACUUGCUCGGCGACCUCCUCCGCGGCCUCCGCGGCGGCCGCGUCUCGCUUACCUUCCACCCCGAGUCUCAAGUGUACCACCGGGUCGCCUCCAAGUGCCGCUCGCUGCACGGCAGGUACCUGACGACGCCGUGGUUAGCGAGUCCUCAUUUGCAGACGCUGUUCCUGAGCAUAUCUGGCAGACCACCUUCAUUCACCUAUCGGAGGCAGUUGUACACUGUUCGUGAUGGCGGUACCAUUGCCUUAGAUUGGUUACUAGCUUCUGAUCUUGAAGAUGGAGAUAUUGGCACUUCUGACGGAACCAUUUCUAAGGAUGAUUCAACACCCCUUCUUGUUGUGAUACCUGGAUUAACUAGUGAUUCUAGUGCUGCUUAUGUGAAGCACUUGGUCUUUUCUAUGGCAAUCAAAGGAUGGAAUGUUGUUGUAAGCAACCACAGGGGUCUUGGUGGCAUCUCCAUAACAUCUGAUUGCUUUUACAAUGCCGGGUGGACGGCAGAUAUGCGUGAAGUUGUUAGUUUCCUUCAUCAAGAGUAUCCUAAGGCUCCACUAUUCACUGUUGGGACAAGCAUAGGUGCCAAUAUUGUGGUCAAGUAUCUUGGAGAAGAAGGUGAAAACACACCUGUAGCUGGUGCUGCAUCUAUUUGUUCUCCCUGGGAUCUGCUGGUGACCAGCAAAUUUAUUUCACGCAAGCUUGUGCAGCGAUGUUAUGACAGAGCCCUUGCGAUUGGUCUAAAAGGAUAUGCGAAACUACAUCAAUCAGUCUUGGCACGACUUGCAAACUGGGAAGCUAUUACAUCGUCACACUCUAUCCGGGAAUUCGACCGCCAUGCCACUUGUGUUGUUGCAAAAUACGAGACAGUGGACACAUUCUACCGCAAGUGCAGCAGUGCAAAUUAUAUCGGUAAUGUGUCAGUUCCACUGCUUUGUAUCAGUGCCUUAGAUGACCCCCUCUGCACAAGGGAGGCCAUUCCCUGGGAUGAAUGCAGGGCAAACAAAAACAUUGUAUUGGCAACUACACCUAAUGGCGGACAUCUUGCUUUCUUUGAAGGCCUAACUGCUGGAAAGCUUUGGUGGGUACGACCUGUUUCCGAGUUCCUCUGUGCUCUGCAUGAUGGCCCCUACAUGCAUCGGCAGAAGGCACAAGGGCACGAUUUGCACUCAUCGUUGGAAUCAUCAAUUGACAAGAGCCCAUAUGUGAAUUUCAUGGAAGAUGGAAUGGUAGCUGCAUUAACAGAUGAUGGUCCUAACAACGGUGACUCCUUGCUUAACGAGGUUCUUGGUGAAAUUGAACCUAAUGAUAGCGUGGUUGUCCAACACGUAAAACAGAACCAAAACACCAGAGCUAUACAAAAUGAGAGUGACAGUUGGUUGGAUGAUAAAAACAGCUCCGAAGGGAAUGUUCAAGCCCAUGGAGGAACUCAAGAACAGAGAGAAGUGCCAUAUGCGAAUAAAAUCAGUGAUGCCAUUGGUCCUGUUAAGAAAUCAAUAAACCAACUCAGUCGAUCCCAGGGUAAGUCAAUCUGGUUGCUUGCUUACAUUGCUCUUGUAACCUCUUGGCCGUUGCUUGGGGCCCUAGGUUUUUUCUUCAGGAAAAGGUUGAGUAAUUCUCUGUUAUCUAGGAAGCUGAAGAAAUCGUGAACACUGUGCUAACACAGAUUUAUUUGGUAUGUAAGAGCAUGUACAGUGAUGUUUAAUAUAGAGGCUCUUGAGAUUAUCUAAAGAGAGCAUUUGCAAAAAAAAAAUUGUGGAGCUGUCUCUAUGUGAAGAGACGCCUUUAGCUCGUAACCUAAGUAGUAACAUAUGUCUUCACUUCACUUGUACGAAUUCGUCGUAUGUUAUAUCGAUAUGAUGCUUUACAGUUUCAUUCA